GCGCUGUGUUGCUUCAUCCUGGUAUCUCGGAGCCUCCAUCCUGCUCGCCAAGUACCCGGACUGAAAACAGGAAGUUGAGUAUGAGCACAGGUGACGAAGAGUCUGGAGGAGUGAAACUUCAAACCACAAGAAGCUCCCUAACACUCACACAGGACCUCGAUGGGAAUUUAAUCCUGCAUUGUCCUCAGAAUGUGUCCGAGAAUGACCAGAGCUUUGAGGUGACCAUGACUGCCACCACAGAAGUGGUGGAUGGCGACAUUAAUGAAGAAUCCAUAACUCAGAUACAGAUCCUCCAAAAUGAGCAGCUCGAUGACAUUUCUCCUGCAGGCAAUGAUGACAUGUCAUCAGUUAGCAGAGCAUGGUUUACCAGCAAAGAAGACAAAGAUUCUCUCACCAACAAAGGCCACAGAUGGAAGCAAGGCAUGUGGUCCAAAGAGGAGAUAGCAAUCCUAAUGAGCAACAUAGACCGAUACUUGAAGGCACAUGGUAUUAAAGAUGCAGCUGAAAUCAUUUUUGAGAUGUCAAAGGAUGAAAGGAAAGAUUUUUAUAGGACAAUCGCCUGGGGACUGAACCGCCCACUCUUUGCUGUGUACCGAAGAGUUCUUCGCAUGUACGAUGACCGGAACCAUGUUGGAAAGUACACACAUGCUGAAAUUGAAAAACUAAGAGAGUUACGUUUGAAGCAUGGGAAUGACUGGGCCACAAUAGGAGCUGCUCUAGGUAGAAGUGCCUCUUCUGUCAAAGAUCGCUGUCGACUAAUGAAAGAGACAUGUAAAACAGGGAAAUGGACAGAUGAAGAAGAAAGAAGGCUAACAGACGUUGUUCAUGAGCUGACGGGCACGGAGACUGGUGAUAUAGUAACACAAGGAGUGUCUUGGGCUUCCGUGGCAGAACGAGUGGGAACACGCUCUGAAAAGCAGUGUCGCUCGAAGUGGUUGAACUAUCUAAACUGGAAGCAGAGUGGUGGAACGCAGUGGACCAAAGAAGACGAAGUCAAUCUGGUUAUGAGAAUAGCAGAGCUCGGCGUGUUGGAUGAGAAUGACAUCAACUGGGAUUUAUUGGCAGAAGGCUGGAGCAGUGUUCGUUCUCCGCAAUGGCUCAGAAGUAAAUGGUGGACAGUAAAGAGACAGAUCGCAAACCACAAGGACGUGUCCUUUCCUGUAUUAAUUAAAGGUCUGCGUCAAUUGCACGAAAACCAAACUACUCUUCUGGGUUCUCAAGAUUUGGAGAACAAGCUGGACAUCCAGUCUCAAAGUGCAAAUUCCAGUGUUCAACGUGUUCAAAUAAGAGUAGCUCAUUUAGAGGACAGCCCAGGUCUUCCUCAGAGUUCCUUAGCAGCAUUGCAGAUCCCUGUGCAGAUUACUCAUCUAGACCCUACCUCCCCCAGUGCUGACCCAGAUGCCGCCACACUACAGACAUUUGAAAUCCUACCAUCAUUCUAUUUGCAGCCAGCCGGCACAACAGGCACCUUCAUUCUGCAGACAGGAUCUUCCCAAAGUCUUCCAUUAUCUUUGGCAUCCAGCCCUUCUGUUACCUUGACAUCCAGCACCUCCCCUGCAUCACCUGAGCAAAUUAUUGUGCACUCCUUAUCACCAGAACAUCUCCUCAAUGCAAAUGACAAUGUCACCGUCCACUGCCACACGCCUGGAAUUAUAAUUCGAACACUUGCUUCAGAUGACAUCUCCUCACCCUUCGCUCAGACUGAGCUCUCCAUAGACUCUGCCUUGCAGCAACAAGACUUGAACAGUCCUCAGAGUUGUCACGAAGUUGACCAUCUUCCCCGGGAGAUCCACCAUAAUGACAUUAACAUUAGCCAUGACUCUUUGUAUUGCACUGAGCAGUCCUCAAAGAUGAGGGUGGGGGGUACUAUAAAACUGUUCCCACAUUCUAAAAUACCAGAGCAGAUAACCAGUGUGAGGGUGAAACCAGGUGAAGCUUGCAAUGCCUUGAAAGAAAACCUUGUAAAAAAGGAUCUUGGACACUCUGCUCUAGAAGAACAUGCCAGCAAGCUUCCAGCUGAAGAGACAGUGCUUAUUGUCCCAUCAUGUCGUCAUAGUUACAUACAAAGUGAUGAUAUUGAUGGAGAAUCUGUGCUUCCUCUGACCACACUUGCAGAUCCAAUAUUGCAGCACCACAGGAAUAAAUCCCAUGGUCUUGUCUCCUCGGUUGAUGGACCAGACUCUGAUGACUUAAAAGAUGUGGAGGAUUUAUAG